UAGGGGCGGGACGAAAAGCGCCUGCUAGGUCUUCCAGCCUCUAGAGGGCGCUAGCCAAGGCUGGUGCAGAACCCCGGCCCGGCAGCACGUUCUUUUGCGUACACCAAUACUCGGGAUUUUGGAAUCCGGUGCAAAGCAGUUUCUUCAGGUUUGAGGUUCCGGAUUCCUGAGGGCGGGGAAAUGGGAAGGAAAAGAGAUCUUAGGGUGUGGUGUCCAUGGAGCGGCUCCUGGCCCAGCUGUGCGGCACCAGCGCUGCGUGGCCGCUCCCGCUGUGGGAGGGGGACACCACAGGCCACUGCUUCACCCAGCUGGUGCUCAGCGCCCUGCCCCACGCGCUCCUCGCCGUGCUCAGUGCCUGCCACUGGGGCACCCCGAGGAGUCCAGAUUACGUCAUACCCUGCCAUCCUGGCUGGCGCCUCCGACUUGCAGCUUCCUUCCUGCUCUCCAUCUUCCCUCUUCUGGACCUCCUUCCAGUUGCUUUGCCACCAGGGGCAGGCCCAGGGCCCAUAGAGCUAGAGGUGCUGGCAGGGUGUGUGGCAGCUGUGGCCUGGAUCAGUCACAGCCUGGCCCUGUGGAAACUGGCCCAUUCCCCUCAUGGCCGCACCCGGGGACCUCUGGCCUUGGCUCUGGCAGCCCUCCUGCCAGCUCCAGCCCUAGUGCUGACCCUGUUAUGGCAUUGCCAGCGAGGCACCCUUCUGCCCCCACUUCUCCCAGGGCCCCUGGCCCGCUUGGGCAUUCUCAUCCUGCAGCUGGCUGCACUCUUGGCUUAUGGACUGGGAUGGGCAGCCCCCGGGGGGCAACAAGAAUUCUGGGCUCAGGAGCCCCUCCUUCCUGAGGGUCAAGAACCUGAGGUGGCUGAAGAUGGGGAAAGUUGGCUGUCACGCUUUUCCUAUGCCUGGUUGGCUCCCUUGCUGGCCCGCGGGGCCUGUGGAGAGCUCAGGCAGCCUCAGGACACUUGCCGCCUCCCACACAGGCUGCAUCCAACCUACGUGGCUCGUGUUUUCCAGGCACACUGGCAGGAGGGGGCCCAGCUGUGGAGGGCCCUGUAUGGGUCCUUUGGACGGUGCUAUCUGGCGCUUGGACUGCUGAAGCUGGUGGGGACCAUGCUGGGAUUCUCAGGGCCCCUGCUGCUCUCCCUACUGGUGGGCUUCCUGGAGGAAGGGCAGGAACCACUAAGCCAUGGCCUGCUCUAUGCCCUGGGACUAGCUGGCGGGGCUGUACUGGGUGCUGUACUGCAGAAUCAGUAUGGGUAUGAGGUACGUAAGGUGGCACUUCAGGCACGGGGGGCCGUGCUGAACAUCCUGUACUGCAAGGCUUUACAGCUGGGGCCCAGCCGCCCUCCUGCUGGGGAGGCCCUGAACCUGCUAGGCACUGACUCUGAACGACUGCUUAACUUUGCCGGGAGCUUCCAUGAAGCCUGGGGCCUGCCCCUCCAGCUGGCUGUCACCUUCUACCUGCUCUACCAGCAGGUGGGCGUGGCCUUUGUGGGUGGUCUGAUCUUGGCACUGCUGCUGGUACCUGUCAACAAAGUGAUUGCCACCCGCAUCAUGGCCAGCAACCAGGAGAUGCUACAACACAAGGAUGCGCGUGUUAAGCUCAUGACAGAACUGCUGACUGGCAUUCGGGUCAUCAAGUUCUGUGGAUGGGAGCAGGCACUGGGAGCUCGAGUAGAGGCCUGGCGGGCUCGAGAGCUGGGGCGGCUCCGGGUCAUCAAGUACCUGGAUGCAGCCUGUGUGUACCUGUGGGCUGCCUUGCCGGUAGUCAUCUCCAUCGUCAUCUUCAUCACCUAUGUCCUCAUGGGGCACCAGCUCACUGCCACCAAGGUGUUCACAGCCCUGGCACUGGUGGGCAUGCUCAUUCUUCCCCUCAACAACUUCCCUUGGGUGAUCAAUGGCCUCCUGGAGGCCAAAGUGUCCUUGGACCGGAUCCAGCGUUUCCUCGACCUUCCAAACCACAAUCCCCAGGCCUACUACAGUGCAGAUCCCCCAACAGAGCCAUCUACAGCGUUGGAGCUGCAUGGAGCCCUGUUCUCAUGGGACCCAGUUGGAACCAGCCAGGAGACCUUCAUCAGUCAUCUUGAAGUGAAAAAGGGCAUGCUGGUGGGCAUCGUGGGGAAGGUGGGCUGUGGGAAGAGCUCGCUGCUGGCUGCCAUCGCUGGGGAACUCCACAGGCUGCGUGGGCAGGUGGCAUUGUGGGGAUUGUCGAUGGGCUUCGGCCUGGCCACCCAGGAACCUUGGAUACAGUUUGCCACCAUCCGAGACAACAUCCUCUUUGGGAAGACGUUUGAUGCGCAGCUGUACAAGGAGGUGCUAGAGGCCUGUGCCCUUGACGAUGACCUCAGUAUCCUGCCUGCUGGAGACCAGACAGAGGUGGGGGAGAAGGGUGUGACCCUCAGUGGAGGACAGCGGGCACGAAUUGCCCUUGCUCGUGCUGUCUACCAGGAAAAGGAGCUCUAUCUCCUUGAUGACCCUCUGGCUGCUGUGGAUGCAGAUGUGGCCAAUCAUCUGCUGCACAAAUGCAUCCUGGGAAUGCUGAGCCACACCACACGGCUGCUCUGCACCCACCGCACCGAGUAUCUGGAGAAGGCUGACAUGGUUCUGCUGAUGGAAGCUGGGCGUCUUGUCCAGGCUGGGCCUCCCUCUGAGAUCCUGCCAUUGGUACAAGCUGUACCCAAGGCCUGGGCUGAGGAUGGGCAAGAAUCCGACUCAGCCACAGCCCAGUCAGUACAGAACUCAGAGAAAACAAAGGAGGGGCUGGAGGUGGAGCAGAGUGCAUCUGGCCGUCUGCUGCAAGAGGAAAGCAAGAAGGAGGGCGCCGUGGCCCUGCACGUGUACCACGCGUACUGGAAGGCUGUGGGCCAGGGCUUGGCCUUAGCCAUCAUCCUCUCUCUGCUCCUUAUGCAAGCCACGCGGAAUGCUGCUGACUGGUGGCUCUCCCACUGGAUCUCUCAGCUGAAGGCUGAGAAUAGCUCCCAGGAGGCCCCAGCCUCCACCAGCCUGGGUCCUACAGGACUCUUCUCCCCACAGUUGCUCCUCUUCUCCCCUGGAAGCCUAUACACCCCAGUGUUCCCACUGCCCAAAGCUGCCCCCAAUGGCUCCUCAGACAUCAGGUUCUACCUCACCGUCUAUGCAACCAUUGCUGGUGUCAACUCCCUCUGCACCCUUCUCCGGGCAGUGCUGUUUGCAGCAGGUACCCUCCAAGCAGCUGCCACCCUGCAUCGCCGCCUGCUGCAUCGAGUCUUUAUGGUGCCGGUGACUUUCUUCGACACCACGCCUACAGGCCGGGUCCUAAACCGCUUCUCCUCUGAUGUGGCCUGCGUGGAUGACAGCCUGCCCUUCAUCCUCAACAUCCUCCUAGCCAACGCAGCAGGCCUGCUGGGCCUCCUGGCUGUGUUGGGCUCAGGCCUGCCCUGGCUGCUGCUGCUGCUGCCUCCUCUAAGCAUCAUCUACUACCGCGUGCAGCGCCACUACAGGGCCUCCUCGCGGGAGCUGCGGCGCCUGGGCAGCCUCACCCUGUCUCCACUCUAUACCCACCUGGCCGACACCUUGGCCGGGCUCCCCGUGCUCCGAGCUGCCGGGGCCGCCUGCAGGUUCAAGAAGGAGAACCAGCGACUCCUUGAGCUAAACCAGAGGUGCCAGUUUGCCGCCAGUGCUGCGAUGCAGUGGCUGGACAUUCGGCUACAGCUCAUGGGGGCAGUCGUGGUCAGCGCCAUUGCAGGCAUCGCCCUGGUGCAGCACCAGCAGGGCCUUGCUAACCCAGGACUGGUGGGCCUGUCGCUGUCUUAUGCCCUGUCCCUGACGGGCCUGCUCUCGGGCCUGGUGAGCAGCUUCACACAGACGGAGACCAUGCUGGUGAGCGUUGAGCGGCUGGAGGAGUACUCUUGUGACCUGCCCCAGGAGCCCCAGGGCCAGCUGCUACAGCAGAGUACUGGCUGGCUGACCCAGGGGAGUGUGGAGUUUCAGGAUGUGGUGUUGGUGUACCGACCAGGGCUGCCGAAUGCCCUGGAUGGAGUGACUUUCCGUGUGCAACCUGGAGAGAAGUUGGGCAUCGUGGGCCGCACGGGCUCUGGCAAGUCCUCCCUGUUCUUGGUGCUCUUCCGGCUGCUGGAGCCCAGUUCAGGGCAAGUGCUGCUGGAUGGUGUGGACACCAGCCAGCUGGAGCUGGUUGAACUCAGAUCCCAGCUGGCUAUCAUCCCCCAGGAGCCCUUUUUGUUCAGUGGGACUGUUCGGGAAAACGUGGACCCCCAGGGCAUACAUGAGGAUAGUGCCUUGUGGCAGGCCCUGGAGCAGUGCCACCUAAGGGAGGUGAUCAUGACCCUAGGUGGUCUGGAUGGUGAGCUGGGCGAAGGGGGCCGGAGCUUGUCUCUGGGGCAGAGGCAGCUGCUGUGUCUGGCCAGGGCUCUCCUCACAGAUGCCAAGAUCCUGUGUAUUGAUGAGGCCACAGCAAGUGUGGACCAGAAGACAGACCAGCUGCUCCAGCAGACCAUCUGCAAACGCUUUGCCAACAAGACAGUGCUGACCAUUGCCCACAGGCUCAACACAAUCCUGAACUCUGACCGGGUGCUGGUGCUGCAAGCAGGGAGGGUCAUGGAGCUGGACUCCCCCGCAGCUCUGCGCAGCCAGCCCCACUCCCUGUUCCAGCAGCUGCUGCAGAGCAGCCAGCAGGGAGCCCACCCCUCACCGCAGGAGCUCUGAGCUGAUCCACCAUCCUGCAGGUUCUCCCUUUCCUCCAUCCUGGCUGGGGCCCUGAAGGUGCUGGCCGCUUGUUUACAUUAUCCUCCGUGGCUCUACCUCUCCCUUACCUCCCCAGAGGGGAAAAGGGCACCCAGAUUAUACUUUGGAAUCCACUUGGUGGGCAGAGUCCUGAGGCCUCCCUAGAACCAGGCCUCUGCUCUGGCCUUCUGGCAUCUGGGACUCCACGAGGGUUUUUCUGGCAUAGGAUCCCACUUGCAUUUUCAUUGUUUUAUUUGAUAAAAUUCCAUCGUACAUUCUGUGUAUUAAAAAAAUAAUAUUUCUGGUGUGA